UUCUCUAUUCACCUCCAGUUCAGAUGAAUCGAAUCUUUGGAACUUCCUCCCAAAAGCCCAAAGCUUCACUUCAAGAUGCAAUUAAUGCCACUGACGCAAGAUCUGCCACUUUAGAGGUCAAAAUCAAGAAGCUCGAUGGAGAGCUUGCGAGGUAUAAAGACCAAAUGAGCAAGCUGAGGAACGGACCAGGCAAGAACGCAAUACAGCAGAGAGCAUUGAGAACGCUGAAGCAAAGGAAGAUGUACGAGUCACAGCUGGCCCAGCUCCAACAACAGACAUUCAACAUGGAAUCUGCUGCUAUGACCACGGAGAAUCUCAGAAAUACUAUGGCCACCGUGGAUGCUAUGCGCCUGGCGAAUAAGGAAAUGAAGAAACAAUAUGGAAAAAUAGACAUAGACAAAAUCGAGAAUACGCACUAUGAAAUGGAAGACCUUUUGGAACAAGCCAACGAAAUACAGGAAUCUCUCGGGCGCUCUUACGCGGUACCAGAUGAACUUGACGAGGCGGAUCUAGAAGCAGAACUUGAUGCUCUUCAGUUAGAAGAGGAAGAGGAAGGAGCUUCUUAUUUGACCGAUCUCAACAAAGUACCGGACUUCGUUGACGAGCCACCCGUGGAACUCCACGAUACACCAGCGCCUCAAGAAGCGGCCAGAAUUACCAGUUAGCUUAAGAUAUUGUAUCACUGAACUUUACUGUAUUC